UGCAGGCGCUAGAGAGAGUCGGGAACAAUAAGGAUUCCAUUCUCUCUAAAAGCUUUCACACCAACCUUGUGUUAUUUUAACAGACAAACUGCCACGUUUACAAAUUAUGGUAAACACAUGUAUUGGGUCUGUCGCCAGAAUCACGGAAUAUUCACGGGCAAUUACUUAUAUAGUUUGCUAAGGGCCCUCUUAUCUCUGGAAGCCCAUUGUGAAGCCACUAGUAACAAUAGAACUGGGCCAAUAUUUUGCGCGUGAAUACGCGAACUGCACAAAGCGUAGCUGACUGAUCCACUGCCCCUUGCAUCGUGUGGUAUCAAGCUCACGGAGGAAUCUUCAGUCUAAAAGAGCCGCGAGUGAGUUUCGACCAUGGCAAGUACUGAAGCCAAAGAGAUUGGCGAAGGCUUUGAAAAUCCCAUGGAAAUACAAGCGCCAUCGAGCAAACCUUCGGCAGCUUCGAGCGAUGUUCCUUCGCUGAGGUUCUGCGUUAACCAAGUGAAUUUAGAUCCCAGUGGAGAUGAUGUACUCGAUCCGAGCCCAAGAAUGACUUUUCCUGAAACACCAACGCCAAGCGGUCCUCUUUCUACGCACGAUGCCGUGGAUGCGACGAUCGGCUACGCAACACACGAUGCAGUCCCUUUGACCGUGUUUUACCGAAACGAAAACUCGCAGUCCAACUCCACAAAAAAAUCGCGCCCGACACUUCAAGAAUUGAGGAAAGGUUUCGAAGAAGACCACGAGCAACAGGAAGAACCUCCAAGUGUGGACAACGUUGAAAAUGGAGGUGUCGACAGUGAUGAAAUUGUCAUUCACACCAAAAAGGAUAAAAAGGCCAAGGUUGCCCCAAAGUUUGGUUGGCUUAAGGGUGUCAUGCUGCGAUGUCUUCUUAAUAUCUGGGGUGUUAUGUUGUACUUACGACUGUCGUGGGUGGCUGGACAAGCAGGAAUUGGCUGGUCGACUGUCAUUAUUGUGCUAUCAGCGGUGGUUACAAUGUUCACAACUCUGUCCAUGUCAGCUGUGUGCACCAAUGGUGAAGUCAAAGGAGGUGGUGCAUACUAUUUGAUUUCCCGCAGUCUUGGGCCAGAGUUUGGUGGCUCCAUUGGGUUAAUCUUUUCUGUUGCCAAUGCUGUAGCUGUUGCUUUGUAUGUUGUUGGUUUUGCCGAAACCAUUAAAGACUUGAUCAAAGAGAAUGGCGGUGAUGUGGAUGUGAUUGGGGAACUCAACAUUAUACGCAUUGUUGGCAUUUUCACAGUUUUGCUGUUACUGGGUGUUACUCUCAUUGGCCUAGAGUGGGUCGUGCGUACUCAGAUGUUUCUCCUUUGUAUCCUGCUCAUCUCCAUUGUUGAUGUGAUGAUUGGCACUUUCAUCGGGCCCCUAAACGAGGAAAGUCGCGCUAAAGGGUUCAUUGGGUUAGACCUUAACCUGUUUAAGGAAAACUUUGGGCCAGCUUAUCGCGAAGGUGAAAAUUUCUUUUCUGUGUUUGCUGUGUUUUUCCCGGCAGCCACUGGCAUCUUGGCUGGAGUGAACAUCUCUGGUGACUUGAAAGACGCACAGAAAGCCAUUCCUAAGGGUACACUGUGGGCCAUCUUAAUCAGCACCAUUAUAUACGUGGCUCUUGAUUGGCUUGCAGCAGCUUGUGUUCUGCGAGAUGCUUCAGGAGUGGUUGUAGCAGCGGUUGUCAAUCAAACAAUGAAUGCGACUAGUGCUCCACCUCACCAGUGUGCAAUCGACUUUACCUGCGAGUAUGGUCUAAUGAACGAUUUCCAGGUAAUGGAGAAAAUUGCAGCCUGGGGACCAAUAGUGACUGGAGGUAUCUUUGCGGCCACUCUGUCUUCUGCCUUGGCUAGUUUAGUUGGAGCACCGAAGACAUUCCAGGCACUUUGCAAGGACAACAUCUUCCCAGGAAUCCAUUACUUUGGAACUGGGGUUGGACCAGGUGAUGAGCCUCGCAGAGGAUACAUCCUGACUUUUCUCAUCGCUGGAGCCUUCAUCGCCAUUGGAGAAUUAAAUGUCAUUGCACCAGUCAUUUCAAAUUUUUUCCUCAUGUCCUAUGCGCUCAUUAACUAUGCAGUGUUUGCAGCAUCGCUUGGCAAGUCGCCCGGGUGGAGACCCUCUUUUAAGUACUAUAACAUGUGGGUGUCCCUGGUAGGGGCCCUGGUGUGUAUUGUCAUCAUGUUCCUCAUUAACUGGUGGGCCGCUCUGCUGACUAUUGUCAUCAUCAUCGCAUUGUACAAAUACGUGGAUUACAAGAAACCUGAGGUCAACUGGGGCUCGUCUGCGCAGGCCUACACGUACAUCCGGGCACUUCGUUUCACCUAUCGCCUCAAUGCGGUUGAAGAUCACGUGAAAAACUUUCGUCCCCAGUGCCUUGUGCUGACCGGUUCCCCCUCGUCCCGUCCCGAUCUUGUUCAUUUGGUGUCACACAUCACUCGUAACAGAGGAUUAAUGGUUUGCGGUCAAGUCAAGAUUGGUCCAUUUGGAACUGUGUCGGGCUAUGAGGAUAGCUGGUUGAAAAUGCACAAAAUAAGAGCUUUCCAUACCAUUUGUUCAGCACCCAGUUUCCGCGAGGGCGUCCGCGUCAUGUUACAGACGGUAGGCCUGGGGAAAUUAAAACCCAACACGGUAGUUCUGGGCUACAAGCGAGACUGGAAGAAGCUGCUGAAAACUGCGAAAGGGAGGGCAGAAGUGGAGGAAUACGUUAACGUCGUUCAUGAUGCGUUUGAGCUGAACCACGGCGUUGCCAUUCUGCGUUUCAGAGGUGAGGUCGACUUGAAAGAGUUAAGUUCCUACGAAGGAGAAGAUUGGCUCGGUGAAGAGGAAGAAGGGCUUAUACCGGAAGUGGAUGCGAGCGAGAGGGUUGAAGGCGGGGACGGAGUUUUGUCGGCGAGUCAGAGCGAGAGUUGCCCAAAGUCAUUCCGUGUUGAAAGGAUAACCACACCAGAUAGCGAAGAUCAAGUUGCGUCAACUGAGGCGAAUACCAAGAGGCAAUCGGGUUUUGAAGGGUAUACGUUAGAUAUGCUCAAACCGAAACCCGAAUUGGGCGAAGACGAGCAUUCAAUGAACGACGAAGGCAAGAAGUUGGUCACGGACCAAGUCAAGGAAGAUGCUGCGCCGAGCAAAGGUGAAGAAGAAAGUCCGAAUGUAGUGAAAAAGGGAAAAUUUAAAGUGACUGUCACCAAACCCCAGAAUGAAGAGGAAGAUGAGCCAGAGGAUAAGGUGGACGAGACGACGAAGUUAACAGAGCGCGUGGAGCCAGAAAAAGCCCUGGUCGAGGUGCCCGAGGAGGCUUUUAAAGAGAGGCCCAAAGGAACCAUUGAUGUGUGGUGGCUGUUUGAUGACGGAGGCUUGACUAUUCUCAUACCUUACUUGCUGUCAAUUCACAGCCACUGGAAGGACUGCAAGUUGAGAAUCUUCACACCCGCCUCCACGCACGCCCUCAAGAGCAACGAGCUUAGGAUGGCAAACCUGUUGAAGAGAUUCCGCAUCGACUUCAGCAGCGUGGUAGAGGUAGAGGGUAUCAACACGCAGCCCUCCAGUGCCAGCCUUCAUAACUUCCUGAAAUUGCCCGUCAAGAAUGAAUUUCCAGACAUAAGAACUCUGGAGGAAGACAGGAAAACCAUGCGAAAUAUUCGCCUCGGCGAGUUGAUCCGUCAACAUUCCAACGACGCUAAACUGAUCGUUAUCACGUUGCCCGUCCCGAAAGUAGAGAUGACGUCACCGCUCUUGUACAUGAGCUGGCUGGAAGCGUUGUCAGCGGCAUCUCCCCCUGUUCUGAUGGUCCGUGGUAAUCAGCAUAACGUACUGACCUUCUACAGCUAGUUCAGUCUCUGCGUCGUCGAAAACAGUACUCUAAAAUAAAUUCCCCUUUUUUUGGGAAAUCUGAUUGGAAAGUAGACCCCAGUAGUUAUUUUUGAAGGUAGGUUAAAGCAGCAUUAAUUAGUUAGAACCGUUUAUGUAUUAUAGUAGACCAUCUGAUUCAGGUGUCUGUUGGUUUGAAAGUUGAAUUUAUGAAUAAAGUGCUCAGGGCUAAACAAAUUUUCGUUUCAUAAAAGCAUUUCAAAAAAGUAAAGAACCGCUAACGGCUCAUCAUUCGGAUAAUGAAGGAGUUAUUUUGGGACCUUUCACAGAUGAGCGGCAUUUUGUUGAAAAACACUUUAUUCAUUAAUUUAACUUUGCCUUGCUGGUUCGUAUGUGGUUAACAAAUACCAGGGUCAUGACGUUUGUUGGCACUUCUAGCUUUAUGUAACAGAAACAGAAAGUACUCCCGUGUUGUUACAUACUGUAGUCGCACGUAUAUUAAGGCUAUGGAGGUACUCGCGCGUGUUUUCUAUGUCAAAGCUAGAAAUCCCCUUUGUCUUAUAUACUAUAUUACUUUGCCAUGGAUCUGCUAAGUCGUAAAAUUAUUAUUAACAUGUGGAACAAAUACGAUUAUUAACAUUUCUGUGAAGGGAGUGGGACGUUGGAUGGACAUUAGUGUUAUUUUUGGCAUAGUCUUACUCUGUUUCACAGAGUUUCCCUUCUCUGUCUCACGGGGUACUAGAUACUCUGAAAUGAAAUUGAGUAAACUGAACUGAAUUUGAUGUUCUGCGGGGCGGAGCUAUCUUUGGUUAUAAUGCAGCAAUGCUUGACUGAGAUUAUUUAAUUUUU